AUGUCAUAUAUAAAGAGCCUGCCAAUCAACGACACACCUGAGAUAUUUGCCCUACAUGAGAACGCCAACAUCACCUUUGCCCAGAAUGAGACCAACGCCAUGUUAACAGGCUUGUUGUUGCUCCAGCCCAAAACCUCGUCAGGGGGAGGCAAAUCCAGGGAGGAGGUUAUGGAGGAGACAGCCAAAGAGAUCCUGGAGAAGGUCCCCAAACCGAUCCCCCUGGACCCCCUCAAUGAGAAGUACCCCGUCAUGUACGAGCAGUCCAUGAACACGGUGCUGGUCCAGGAGGUCAUCAGAUAUAACCGUUUAUAUGUCCUGAUUGCGUAUCCAUCACUGAAGCCUCUCGCCUCCUGGGUGAUAGAUCUGGUCGCUCGAAUGAAAUUCAUCAAUGACUGGAUAGACAAUGGCAUGCCAUCCGUGUACUGGAUUUCUGGCUUCUUCUUUCCACAAGCUUUCCUGACAGGCACGCUGCAGAACUUUGCCAGAAAGAAGGUCAUCUCCAUUGAUACCAUCUCAUGGGAUUUCAAGGUGAUGAGGGAAUCCCUCUCUGAAUUGUCCAAACAACCCGAGGACGGCUGUUACAUCCGAGGCCUGUACCUCGAGGGAGCUCGCUGGGAUCCCAUCAAACAGAUGCUGGCCGAGUCCCGACCCAAGGAGUUGUAUGUGGAUGUCCCAGUUAUCUGGCUCAUCCCCACCGCUAACAGGAAGAACCCAGACAAGGGAAUCUACGAGUGCCCUGUCUACAAAACUCUCACUAGAGCAGGUACACUGUCCACUACCGGUCACUCCACUAACUUUGUGUUUGCAGUGGAACUCCCGACAGACCAACUCCAGAAACACUGGAUCAAGCGCGGCGUGGCCAUGCUGUGUGCCCUCAACUACUAACCGUGAUAUAUGGACUGUGAUAUAUACUUCUGUGGAGGACAGAUUUGUGUGUUUUGUAAGGGAUGUGGGAUACCAGAAAUUGGGGGGAUAUUUCCUGUGGUUCAGGAUUCCUCUUGCUGGGGUCCUGUACCAUCUUAUUACUAUAUAUCCCAUCAAAUCUGUGAUAAAGACAUUUUUGUUUAUUUAUGUAAUUUUCAAACACUCCGUCCAAUUUUAAAUUAUGAAUUUAUUUUUUCGUUUUUAUUUUUUUUUUUUUUAAUAUUCUCUAUUUUUUUGUGUUUUAUUUUUAGCUUCAUGCUCAAGUUAAAAGUUUGAAUGAUAAUUUCCUAAAAUUAAAUCUAUAUAAAAGAAAAAUAUUUUCAAUAUUGACCAGUUACAAAAAUAGACAAGUAAAUUUAUUUAUCUAUUGUUAUUUUAUGUAAGUAUUUAUACAUGCUGGCCGGUUGUAUAAGCUUAGUACUCUACUGAGCAUUUUGGUGAAGAGAUUUUAAUUCAUUAUAAAGACCAUAUGGUGUCAUGGGCCUGAAAACAUUCUCCUCUUUUUCUGUUUUCUAUGUAAAUCUUCAAUUAUCGGAUAAUCAAUUUUGGCAACAGCUUUCAAAUAUUCCAAACCUUUUCAGAAAAACUUAUAUUUUACUUAAUACUUCCUCUGUAAUUGAAAUUGUUUUUGAAUUUAAAUGUUGAAUGUUUAAAAUUAUUUUUUUUUUAUUUAAUGUUUGGAGUAAGAAUAAAAUUUUGGAUUCA